UCUGCCCAAUGAUAAAAGGCAAAUUAGCAAAACAUUCAUUGUCUGCAGCGGUAUUCUGUUUAUUUAAGUGCUAAAAAAAUAAAAACGGAAAUGAACUUGAAAAUAAUUAUUUUACUCAUCUUUAGCGUAGUAGCCCAGACUUUGGGUCAACAGAAGAGAUGCUACGCGUGCAGUUUCUCCAACACGGACACCGACACGUCCUGUCUGUACAUCACGGAGAAGACUAACAGAGUCGAGUGCAACUCCAAGUACUGCACGAUAUACCGGCAAGAGUUUGUGGAUCCGUCCGGACGAGUGUCAAGUUUCCUCAGAGGGUGCGAGGAGACUCCUGACUUCCUGAACCAUGACAUAGUGGACCCCACGUACCGGACUUACUACAGGGCUUGUACGAAUGACCUGUGCAACAUUGGCGACGGCAUCCAGUCAAUUACCGGAGGUCAAUUAUCACCAGUUCCGGAAUAUAACGGAGUCAAUUUGUUGGUGCCCGGAACUGGCAAAGCUUCUGCUGCUACACACAUACAAAUAUCCUCAUUUCUUGUUUUUAUUGCGAUUAUUUUUAAGUUUAUAAUGGCCUAGAUUCAACCUAUGUAAAAGUAAAUUGUAUUUACCUACCUCUAACUAUAAUAAAGUAUAGCAAUUUAAUAUAAUAAAGUUUAGCAAAUUUUUAACUAA